UGGCACUGGCAGUCCGACGCGCCAGCGCCACACGUCGCAUGGCCGCGGCGGCGACGCUGCUGGUGCUGCUACCGCCCCUGGCGGUGGUCGCCGCGCUCUACGCCCGCGCGGUCCUCCACCGCCUGCUCUACGCUUGUUUCAGACUGCUGUUCGGCACCCUCUACCCGGCCUACGCCUCCUACAAGGCCGUCAGGACCAAGAACGUCAAGGAAUACGUGAAAUGGAUGAUGUACUGGAUUGUUUUUGCCAUCUUCAGCUCGAUAGAAACUUUCACAGAUGUGUUCCUAAGCUUUUGGUUCCCAUUCUACUACGAAAUAAAGAUUGCUCUGCUGCUGUGGCUACUUUCACCAGCCACCAAAGGCUCCAGCAUCCUGUAUCGCAAGUUUGUUCAUCCCAUGCUCAGCCGUCGAGAGCAGGAUAUUGACGAGUACAUCGCCAAGGCGAAGGAGCAGGGCUACCACACGGUACUGAACCUCGGCACGAAGGGAGUCAACUAUGCCACGACUGUCAUCAUGCAGACUGCGAUCAAGGGCGGCGGGGGUCUGGUGAACCAGCUGCGCCGGAGCUACAGCCUCAGCGACCUCAGCUCGGACAACGGGGGGCUGCCCGAGAGACCUCGCGCCAAGGCUCUCAUGGCCGCCCCCGAGGAUGAAGUGGACGAAACACCCACGAAACCAGAGAGCCGCCACCUGCGGUCCCGAGGCUUCAGCCCGCGGCGCUCGGUCUCCGGCUCGGGUCGGGUGGAGAUGUACUUCCCCGAGGUGGACGUGGACGUGAGGCAGCGCCCGGGCGCUCGGGAGCCCAGCAGCCCCUUCAGCCACAUUCGGUCAACCGAGGACAUAAGCUCUGGAUACUGUAGCGCAGAGCCGCUGUGCCCCGCCCAGUCGGGAGCGUUGUCCGCGAGCAGGGAGCCGCUGGUGAGGACGGCCUCCGUCGGGGGCUCCACGCGCUCUCUCCGCAGCAAGGGCAGCCGCGGGGGCUCCGUGGCCAAGAGGGGCGGCAUCGCUGAGGUGGUGAGCUUCGCAACGCUGCCUCGAAGCAAGAAGCCGAGCAAGAAGAAGACGCAGUGAGCCAGUCACCUGGUGGCGCGAGAGCUUGUGUUCCCCUGCGGCCGCGCGGCGGUGAUACGUCGACCUGCUUUCUGCGGGCCGCGGCUAUGAUUGCACUGCUUUGGUUGUAAUGAUGCUGUGGCGUUAUGGCUGAUUACGCAUGCUGUGAUACUGAUUUCAAGUGAAGGGCAGGCCGCGAAUAAAAAACUCUCUCUCUUCUCACGUUUAUGAGCAUUAUAACAUAUCAGCUCAAAUUAACCUCAUUAAGUUAAAUUUUAUAGUAGUCGUGCUCUUCGUAACACUUAAUUAAGUUCCUGUACAACAGUUAUUUGGAAUAAACUGUAGAUGUUUUUAAAUGUUAAUCUACUAUAAACAGUUCCAUGAUUUUAUGACAAAUUUUUAUACUUUGGUACAUUUUGAUCUGUUAUUUAUUUCAGAAUGUAACGUUAUAAAAUUAUUUUAUAGAUACCUAUUUUAAAAUAAAGUAAUAACAAGUAAUGAACCAUUUGAAUUCCAAAACAAAUAGGAAAAUAGUUAUUAACCAUUUUGAUUGAGAAUUUUUUUUCAGUGUAACAUCUAGUUUUUAAAAAGUAUUUAAAACAUUUUUACUGUCUGUAUUUGAAUCACUAUUUUAAUAAUAUAAAAAAAAGGACUAGCAUAAUAACAUACUUUCAGAAUGCAGUGUAUGGUUUGCAUGCAGAAUUAAUUAAUGUUUUGCUUGGUACUUAAAGAUAAUUAAGCAAAUCAACACCUAUUUGUAGGAUGAUAAGUCACACUAAAAUUGUUUAUCCCAUUCAGCUACAUUUUAAGGAAAAUAGUUUUAAGCUAAUACAAACAUUGGCUUUUUGGAAGAGUUGGAAAAAGUUUUGCCGUAGUAUGUGUGGCUAAAAACUUAAAUAAAAAAAUAGUCGGCACUAAUUGGUUUUUGUUUAAAUUAAUUUUAUGUUUUUGCUCAUUCGUAGGCUACUGGUUGGCCAACUCUUAUAUAUAGUAAGUAACUGUGGAGAAGGGGGGGAUGAAUUAUAUUGUGUGUGAGAUGACAAGGCUUGGUGUCACGUGACAUAUUGUCAUAUUGGUUGUUACAUUGUUAGUACAUUUUUUUGGUUUAAUGGCUAUUCAUGUAGCUUUAUCACUAUAGCUCUUUUCCAUUUUUUGUUAUGUCAAAUUUUGUCACCAGAUAUGUACUAAAAGUAAUUUGUUAGUUGUAAAAUAUCAUGCAUGCUGUUGUGAACACUUGCAUGAAAUUUUUUACACCGAGAAAAAUGGUGAUGAAACAUAAAAAUGUAAUAGAGCUAAUGCGAUGAAUUUACAGUAACAUCACUUAAAUGGUGCUAAUGACUAGAAAAUAAAAUAACCAUCUACUGCCACGGCCUGUGAGUUUUAAAAAAACAGAACUAACUCCUUGUUCUAAUGCCAGUGUAACUAUCAGGCAGUUGAAGUAUGGUGUAGUUGGUGGGCAGCGAUAGUUCUUAACUAGAGACAAGAUUUUAUGGUUUUAUUUUUAGUCCAGUUUAGUUUUUAAAACAGAAUAUUUCAGUGUUAUUGUUACAAAAGCUGUUUUGUAAUACUUACUCCACCAAAAUAAUGGUAAAAUAAAAUUAAUAUGCUUCAUUUUUACGAUAAAAUAAUUUAUAAUAAAUUUUUCUAAAACAGAUACGUACAUUCAGAACAGUAAAAAAAAAAUCAGCAUAGGUUUAUGGUUUGAAAGCAAUUCAACAAAAGAUACACAAUAAAACAACUUAAAUUAAUUUUUCUGUUCCAUCCACUUAAGUACAACUAUUUGUCCAGAAAUUACAUUCCUUGAAUUUAAUACUUUAAAAGAUUACUAGGUAUAAUGAGCAAUGAGAUCUAUGAAAGUUGUUCGAUUGAACUUGAUAGAUAUCGAUUGAUCGGCUAAUAACAAUUUAAUUCUUCCUUUUCCAUGUAUUUUCGAAAGAAAACUAGUCAAACUAAGAAAAUAAAAAUGAGAAGGGCCAGCACAGGGCUCUGGGCGGUUUCCCGACUUGCCUGCCCCCUGUAGCUCAUCUUGUAGCAACGUGCGAUACGAGUGCUUGUUCUCUUACGAAUAGGCACGUAUGUUUUCAGUGGCUUUUCAGUUGUCAGCUUUAAGUUGCGUGCUCAUUGUGUUGCACUUUGUAUAAAUAAUUACAACACAAACACAUGUGAAAGUUUGUGUGUCAUUCAGGUCAAUUUCUGCAUAAGUUAUAUACAAAAUAUAAGGGUAAACAGUAUGGUAGCAGACAGUAAAAACAGAUAACUCUUAAGGUUUUUAGCAGCAUAAAUAAUUUACCCUAGUUUUAUCUGAAAUAAUGCUUAAGAUAGCCAAAUUACUUGAAACACAUUAAUUUUAUUUACGCAAGUGUUUUUAUUAGUUUGCAAGUAAGCUAAAGGAUAAAAUGUCCAGCAAACACUGUGCAUGUGAAAUGCAGUAAGAAAACCUAAACUCAAUAAUUUUUUUUAAAUGUUUGGAGUCAUCGUGGAUUUGAGUUCAAUUGGUGUCCAAGCAUUAGGAGUUCUAACAUUUAAGAUACGUAGUGUUUUAAUAUGGGUAGUCCUUGAAAUUUCGGCAGCUGUAAAAUCAAGGUGGUCGUUAAGUUCUAUAUGUAAGUUUUAAGGAACACAUUUUCUUCCAAUUACUGUAAUAUGAACAACUAGGAAAUAAUAAUUAAUGAACUGUACAAGUUGCACCUCUUUCCAUAUUUUUUUGGCAUUCAUUUAACACCCAGAGUUUAGCUUGUGACUAUAAUGAUGGUGAUGCUGUUUUUUAACAAACCGAUAAGUACUUUCCAAAUUUGAUUCAAAUGUCGUUCUUUUCAAUUAUCUCUUUGGUCCUUCAUUGAAUUCUCAUAAGCAAUCUGUAAUGUUAUUAAUAAAAAGUUGUAAGUUUCUACAAAUUUCUGUUUAUCAUACAGUGUAACUGUAAAUGAUUAUUUAUUAUUUCACUCACUUGUUAAAAUUAGUAAAUAAAAUUGUUUAGUUAGAUGAUAUAAAUUUUAUUUUUAUAAUGUAUUUAAAUUUCUCAAUAUUAUCCACUUUCAUUAAGCACAUGGAAUUACAGUUUGAGUUUAGCAUUCUAAACUUAUUCUGGUAACUACCAAGUGUUGAUUUAGAAUGCAAGUAAGGUUAUUUUCCAAUAUGUUACCACUACUUAUUAAGAUUUGUUUUGCAUUUAUUGUGUUUGAUAGAUAGCAAAACAUAUGUGGUGCUAAGUAGUUUAGUUGUUGUGUCUUAAUGCAGACAUUAUUUUCAACUGGAGCAUAACUGUGGCUUUGUCCAAAGUAAUAGUUAAUUUAUUUAAAUUUUUUAUAUUUGUUUUUAUGUGGUUCUUUUUUAAAAUAUGAAACACAGCUGCCGUGUUUAUACCUUUUAAAGUCGCAUAUUGCUAAAAGGUAUGAAUUUGAUACAAGAAUCUAUACAACCUUAAACUGACAAAAAUAUAUUUUCAUAGAAAUUUCAAUUAAUUUCAGUAGGUUAACAUCAGAAAAUAAAGCAUAAACUCCAAGUAGUUUCAGUUUGUAGCAACUAUAGGAAUAGUAAUGUGUGAAUACCUAUUUUGUAAUGAUACCAUCAUAGAAAAAUGUAGAAUUUUCUUUACCAUUUGAAAUAUUGUUACAAGUAGGGAUUAUAGGAUUCGAAGAGUAGCCCAAUUUUUAGUCUAAUAUUUACACAGUUCUGUUUUCAUCAACUUGAUACAUUUCAAGCAUAAUCAGUAAUCACAGUCCACUGUGUGUCCAAAAGGAAAACUAAUCUUAUUACUAUUUUACAUGUGUUAUGGGAGUGUGACUCGACAGAAACUCACUCUCUUGUUCUUGUUACUGCUUGUUACUGAACACUGUUUCAACACUGCUCACUUUGGUGCUUCGUCGCAAACGCCAACUCUGGUCUUCCUCUCUUCCGCCCCGAAGCCUCCCUUACCAGCUGAACAGUUGCAUGUCACCUCGAGAUAUAAGUCGUCGCCCACCUUCAGUCGCUGGUAUCGCUAAAAUUUGUUGCCAUAUCCUCAUAAGCUCAGCUGGUAGCGUGUACAGCUACACCAGGCUAUGUUUCCAUAAUUCACUAUGCGGAGUUUCAGUGGGAGAUUGCAACCCCAUCACUGUGUUCGAAACACUGGAUACGAUCUGGGGGGGAUUGGGGGGGGGGGGGGGUUUGAGAGCGCGUGAGCAUGUGAUUUUAAGAUUUGGGGGUGGCUCACGGUACAGUAAGAAAUAAAACAGCUGUCACUUGAUGCUUAACUCUGUUUUUAAUAGUGUAGAUGUUGGGUGAGGGAUGUCACCAUUUCCCUUCAGUUUGCCAACUGAUGCAUGUAAGUGUCAUGAUCUGAUGUCUGCAUUUAGAGGCGUAAAGCUCUAAGACUGUUUGUAACAGUCAGGCUUGAUUCACGAUAUCUCAAUCCCCUGAGAUUCCAAGUCUAGAUCUGCCCAUUUACACUUGGAGGCAUAUCAUCCAGUGAGGGAGAGAGCGCGUGUAUUAGUUAACACUGAAGCUGUAUAAUUGCUAACCUGAAAGACUGACACUCUUAUAUAACCUGCGUAAGUGGCUAAAGAAGGUUCUUGUAGUUUCCUGAAUGAGCUGUAGACUAAAAUCAUUUAUCUGGCACCUGUAAGCUACCAGAAAUGACCAAGGUUGCAUUCUCUAGGCUAGGGCGAGCCAAAAGCUCAAGAUGCAUGGAUGAGACAUGGCGGCAGAGUAAUGACUAGGCACUAGGUUGUAACCGAGUGCUACUCAUCUAAGCCCUGUAAAAUAAUAAAAUUAAAAUUCUGCAAUGUGUAAUGUUUCAGUUUGAACGCAGUAAAUUCCCUAGAUUCAGUAGAUUUCCCUUGAUACCAAGCUUGUGAGCCUGCUGAAUUCUGAGGGCAAACUUACAAGAAUGCCUUGCCUUUUUUGAACUCUUGACUUGCAUGAAUGAAUCUUUUACGCUGGUGUAGAUAAUGUGGAUCACAACAGCUUAAAGAAAUAAUCCAUGGUCUGUACAUGUGCAGAUAAAGCAGUUCCCCAUACAGCAUCCAGGUCCAACUGGGGUUGAGAGUUGGCAUACCUGAUGUAUUGUUGGUGAGAUAACAGCAUGAAGUAAUGAGGAAAAAAAUUCAACUAGGCAAAUGACUUAAAUUACUUGAAUGACCAUUUGAUUUUAGUUAGUGCUAUGAAAGUUGAUUCUUUUAUUAAAUUUUUAUUAUGUGAAAAAAUGCCAGGCAUCCUGACAUUGCAACACUAAAACCCAGUAGAUAGUAAUGUUACGAGUGGAAAAAUAUCCGGAAAAGAUAGCCUAAUUAAUUAAAUAAAGUUUUAUUUUCACCUAAUAUUAAAAUGUACACUAUUUGUUAAGCUAUAGCAAUUUGUCUGUCCACAAAAUAUACACUCUUUCAUUCAUUUAGUCCCAUUUAGCUCCCGCUGGAGCUCGGCUUGAUCGUGGCUCUCUCUACUGAUGGUCUCUUACUGCGCACCUCUGUAUCAACACACUGCCUUGUACUUCUCACUUGUUCUCCAUAAAUAAAACACUUAGAUGCUUCGGUCCCAGAUGCACAAAUCUUCGCACACAAAGCCCACCACUCACCAUCUUCUAUCUCUCACCAAAGAAUUACUCAACCUUUUCACUUCACUGCCUUCACAGGUCAGUCAGUCCUGCCCUGGAAAGGUCACGUAGCCCUUCGAAGUGUCGCGCCAUCAGAAUCUCCCGACUUAAUACUCAAAGCUGCGAGAACAAUGGCAUCCUAGCUACACCACUUCACGCUGAUGGACCUCCGGGAUUGUGCUGUACUCAAGAGACACACAUACAAUCUGCAGGCUCAAUAAGAAAGCAUGGAGAUGGGAAAGGGGCUAGCAAAGCACCGCUGCUAAUCGGGUUAGGCGUGUAGCAGUAAUGGGGGAUGGACGCUACCUACAUCACACCCUACCCACAAGCAGGCAGGUCAGCACCGUCACUAUAGUCCUCAUAACAGUAUUUUGAUUGUGAACAUUUUAGUUCCAUAUUUAAAAGUAAAAAGCCAGAACUUUGAAUUUGUUUGGCAGAGCAUAAUUUUUGUUCACUGGUUCUUUCUUAACUGCUACUUGGCUUCUGAGUUGAGGCCACAUCUUAAAAAAGUGUUGAUGUGCUUGUUGAAGCCACAAGCAAUUCCUACCUUCGAAUCCACGGUUGCAGCAUUAGUGUCACAGACAAUUCAUGUUAGUUAGUUUUUGUAAUGAAGGCUGGUUAUAAGGGAAUCAUGCCGUUACUACCAAGGUGCUAUGAGAGCUUGUAAAUGUAUUCCUAUUAAAUGUUUUCAAGUAUUUGCCAUGAUUUUGAAAACAUAACUUUUCUUCACCAUUAAUUUUAGUCAAAUCAUUUUACAGAAUUUUUUUUUUUCGUGACUUAAUGUGUACUUUAACAUUUUGGAAACAAUUUGCAUGUUUCCGACCACAUUUUAAAGACAAUAUAAGUUAUGAAUUGUAAAAUAAGAAUGUAAUUAAUAGUGAUUGUGUGUUAACUAUUUACUUGUUAUUUUACAUCAUAAAUUUCUACUCUAUGGUUAAAUUCUAUAUACAUAAAAAAAGAUUUGUGAACUGUUUAUGUAACUAUAAGUAAUGUAAUUGACACACAGCUGUAAAUUUUAAUAUAUCUUUUUUUAAUUUUUUUAGAAUUCCAGUGCUGAAACUACAUGUAAAUUUUAUUGAACAAAUUGGUUCUAAAUGUGCAUUAUGUACUUAAAAAUUAUUUUUAAGCAAGGUAGGUUUAUGAGCAAAUGUGUGAUUUGUGAAUUUCAUAAAGGUGCAGAUAAAAAAAAAAAAACUAAGUCUUGGUCUCGUGCUCAGUUGGUUAUUUCAAUUUCCUGUCAUGACUACCUAUUAAGGGAUUUUCAUGUAAUUUGUUCCGUAGCUUUCUUGAAUUUGUUGUUGGGUUACAAAUUUUCUUACAUGAUAUUUACCCAAACAUUAUUUUCAAUCUGUUAAAUGUCAUGCAAAUAAUAUGACUUUUUUUUUUUUUACUUUUUAUUACUAAUAGAUAAAAUUAAGUAAAUAUCUUUUGAUAAAAUUUGAAACGAAACAUAACAUGCAAAAGAGUUAUUGGAAUAGAUUUACAGGAAUAGCCCUCAAAUAACAGUAACAUAAGAAUAUUAAAUUACCAACUUGUCAUUUUGAGAACAAGCCUUCAGAUGUUGGGUGUGAACUGGAAACAGUAAGAUAUAUAAUUAUUAGAUAUGUUUAAAACAAUUUUGCUUGUGCAUUAUUAUGUGAAAAAUAAAUAUGUGUAUUGCUUGUUGAUGUUAUGUUUAUGUGACAUUGAGACUGUUAAUGUAAAUUGCAUGCUUCCAUGCAGACUCUUUGUAAACAUCCAAUAGCCAUGCAAUCAUGGAAAUUUCUGGUGAUAAAAAAAAAUAUAGUACCUGGUAAUGCACUAUACUACUCAUCUGCAUUGCAAAAAUGCUGUGUGUGAAUGGCUAGUCAUGUAUCUUUGUGAUGAAGCAGCAAUCUAAAAUGACUGACUGACAAAGGCUUAGCUAUAAAUGAAAUGCUACUGAGUACAGUUUGUCUGUAUGCGAAAAGUGCUUGCGGUUGAGUUAACAUAUGAAAUAGUUAGCAACUAUCAUAGUUUAAGUGUACAUGUUAAAAGAUUGCCAUCUAGUACACAGAUAAUUUGAUAGAUGUUUAUGUAAAAUGUUAAAUUGUCCAUUGAUUUUUAUGGUAAAUAAAGUUGUUUUAUUCUAUAA